ACAAAGCACGGCAGGGAGAGGCCGUCCGCUCUGCCACAGAAUCGGAUACGAAUAUUGAGUAAAUGUUGAAGUGCAGGUAUUUGAAACAUUUAUCGAGUGCUGUAAUUACUGGAUAAUUCAUGCCGUGACUGACAUAUAUUGUAUCCAAAAGGUGACAGAAGCAAGAUAGGCAAUGCCAUGUCCGUACAAGUAGUAGGGGUCAUGACAGCAGCACAAGACUCCUUCCCUGCAAGGAGGCACAGGCGGCCACAGAGUCUGGGCUGCACAGAGGACCCAACCUCUCGUCAAAUCAAACUGUUUGUUAAAAUACACGUUUCAGUUACAUUCAUGUGAAGCUCUUGCUUUGAUGCAGAGGCAUCCACUCCAGGUUUCUGUCACUGCCCACAGUCAAAGAAACAGCCUAGCCCAGACCCUAUGCUGCAUUCCGAACUCCUUGUCUUGCUCUCUCAGGACCAGCAGGGGAAUAUAGCCACGUUCAGUAGCUCUGGGGCCCUCACUGUCCCCGGUGCAACCUUUUCGGCCUCUUCUCUUUCAUAGAGCAAGUCUCGAAUAUCUGUCAAACACGAGGUAGAAGAAUAUGGAUUUCACAGAGGCCUAUGAUGAUACAAGCUCCUCUGUUGGUUUGGCUGCCCGCCUUGGUGAUACUCCGCUGCUUCAAGAACUCCUGAAAAAAGGUUAUCCAGCCAAUGGACAUGAUAACCGCGGCUGGCAACCUCUUCAUGAAGCUGCAUAUAAUGGGCAUGCUGAAUGUGUUUCCCUUCUGACAGCAUCAGAAAGUGUUGAAGUAGAUGCUCUGACACACGAAGGAACAACACCAUUACAACUGGCGUGCUGCCAAGGAACACGUCAUACAGUGGUUGUUAAGCUUCUAAUCAAAGCUGGAGCAGAUCCCAACAUGAGGAAGGGGGAUGAUUGGGUGUUGCCACUGCCUAAAGCUAUAACCUGCAAUAAUAUCGAUAUUGUGAAGGAACUUCUAGAUGCUGGUGCAGAUGUUAAUCGCGAAGAUCAUCACUCAGGGCUUCCUCUCCAUGUUGCCACUGAUCAGGGACUGAAAGACAUCACUGAACUUCUCUUAGAAAAUAAAGCUGAUAUCAACAUGUGUGAUACUUCAGGCAGAAAUGCUCUUCAUGUUCUCAUGUUCAGUCAGUCACAUGAUGAUGAGAUCCAACCAAUGCUCACCUUACUUCUCCAGAAAGGGAUUGAUGUGAAUGUACAGAUGAAUGAUGGAACAACACCUUUGAUGCUUGCUGUGCAGAGGAGAUGGAAGCUGACAGUGGAGAAACUCUUAGACAACAGUGCUGAUGUUAACAUUGCAAAAACAGACGGAGUGUUAGCUCUUCAUUUUGGGAUUGAAUUUUGUUCUGAUGAAGCAAGCAAACCUUCAGAGGAAAAUUUAUGUGAGGAAAGUCUAGCUGCUGUGUCAACUGAACAGCUCUGUAUCAUGAAGAAGAUUUUGGACCUUACUGACAAUACGCUUAUCAUACCAAAGUCGGCAGAAGCGAUCAAGUACAGUCUUUACCACUUGGCAGUUGAAUGGGACAAAUUCAACUGCCUGAAAUUACUUCUAGAAGCAAACAUUCCUCCAGAUGCGUUUCUUCAAGAAACAAGUAAUGCUGUGUUGGACGAAGCUGAUGUUAGUCUUUUCCGUCAAGUUCCUCUAGUUCUCCCUCUGGAAAUUAGUGUUGACACCCCACUUGGAUUUCUUCUAUCAAAACCUUUCACAAGAGAGAGAAUAGAUACAGCAAAGUUAAUGAUCCACAAAGGAUGUUCAGUUAAUGCAGUAAAUAAAAACACUUUACCUCCUCUGGUAGCUGUAGUAAAACAUCAGCGAGCUGUAUAUAGCAACGAUGACCUGGGGUGUGAGAUACUUGAGUUCCUAAUGGACCAUGGGAGCAAUAUUAUGUAUAAAAUAAGAGACUGUGAUAUUCUUCCAGUUGCACUGUAUGUUGCAUCUUUAUUUAAUGUCGCUGCCUUGUUCAAGAUUCUGCAGCAUGGAGUUCCUGUUUCUCGGGUAUUCACCCAUGCAGCUCUGCAAGCACUGAGUCUGCAUUACCGAUCAUCUUCAUUUUACACCAUAUAUCCAUUAUUUCCAUGGAGAGUCAUAUCUUGGCUCCAUACUGUUAACCUAUUUUUGCCACAAUUCAGCCUUGACACAGAUAUGUUAUUUGACCAGCAUAGAAUGGUAGAUGAUGAAAAUUUGUCAAAUGCUUGGAAAAACUUUAGCAGAACUAUUGGUUCCCCUAAAAGUUUGCAACAACUGUGUGUUUUAGCUGUCCGAGAGGCAGUUGGCACUGCAAAAGGUUGGCCUCAGCUGAUGCGCUUUCUGAAACAGUUAGAAUUCAUGAAUGCUCCACUUCCACCAAUAAUUAUGGACCUUUUAUUAUUUACUCAGGUACAGAGUGAUGGCUUAUUCCGUUGCCCUCCUCAAAAUGCAAUGUUGAGCUAUCUGGCUCCCGAGUCACCACCGGACUCUGAGGUUGAAGAGAACUCUUACGUUGAAGACGUUAAUGCAGAGGAAGAAGAUAUUACCAGUAUUGAGAAUGAAGGGGAAAGUGAUGAUGGGUCUGAGGGGAAUAGUGAUGACACAGAGAUGAAAAGCCUGAAAGAUGAGAGUAUGGAACAUGGGCAAGACCUUGAAGACAGUUACUGUAAUGAUGAAAAAGAGGCAGGUCAUGAUGGUCAUGCCACUGUGGAAGAGGAGUCAAGUGAAGGCAAGACGGAGCCUUGUGAUGCUACUAGUAUGAACAUCUUUAAAGCUUGAUAACCAGAAAUGAAAGUAUACUGAGAUUAUUAAGCAGAAAUGUGACCAAACAUGUUUGAAAAAAUGUAAAGUAUAAUAGGAAAUAGAUUAUUUUGAUAAAUCAAACUGUAAAUAUUUUAAAAUUGUAAAUGGAUUUCCUUUCAAGUGAUCUUGCACAUUUCAACUUUAUACACAGUAAUCACAGCAAUGUACAAAUGCAAUAUGGUUCAUGAAAAGAAUCUAAUAAAAAAAAUUGCAUAUAACUGUUUUCUUAUACCCAUAUUUUCAUAUAUAUAAGAAUAAGGUGGUCAUUAACCCAAAGCCUCCAGGAGAAUUUUCUGUUCACUGUAGUAUUUUUAAAUGUUUCUGCACAUAGAUGGCUCGGCAAAUGCUUAGCCACAAAGGAGUCAAUCAGUAGACCUUGUGACUUCACCAUUUCUUGAGUUUGAGGAAAAAUUGCUAUCAAUAUCGAUGCUGUUAUUUCUAUUAUAGACAAAUUAAUUAUUGUAGUGUUAUUGACAUUACUAACAGCAGAAUUAGAUAUGAGAAAAUAUGUUUGAGAAUCAAGGAAAAGGGUAAACAGGUGAGACAGGUAGUCCUCACAAUUGGCUCAUUGGUGACUAGUUCUCUUGGGUUACCUUUAUAUUACCUUUUUCAUACAGAUAAACCAGUAUCAGCAUAUCAUAUGGUGGAUGGCAUGGUGGUUACUGAUUUAUGUUAGUGUAGGUGAUUGCAUAUUAGUUUUCCUUUAUUGAUUGCAAUUUGGUGUCAAAUUUUAUAGAUGUAAUUGCUUCUGAUUACUUCUGAUUUUGAAUCCUCUAAGUACUUUCUUAUAUAUAUACACAUUACUAGAUAUAAAUAUAAAUAUUUAUAUAUGUAAUAAUAUAUUGCCCCAUCCCUCAUUAUUCUCCUUUUCUCCC